GCUCUCACUCCCCAGCUUCAGCCCACUGCCUGACUUCACCAUGCUGCUCUUAGCCUUCCCACUAGCCAGACAUUUUGUUCUCAAGAGGAAAAUCUUCUCUUCCUGCUGUAGACAGAUCUCCGCAAUGUCUACUCUGUUAAUUAACCAGCCCCAGUAUGCAUGGCUGAAAGAGCUGGGCCUGAAGGAGGAGAACGAUGGUGUGUACAAUGGUGCAUGGGGAGGAAAAGGAGAGGUUGUGACGUCAUAUUGUCCGGCUAGCAAUUCACCAAUCGCCAGAGUCAGACAGGCUACACUUGAAGAAUAUAAUGAAACAGUCACUAAGGCCAAAGAAGCCUGGAAGAUUUGGGCAGACAUUCCCGCUCCUAAACGUGGAGAAAUAGUGCGCCAAAUUGGUGAUGCUCUCCGAAAAAAGAUCAAAAUUUUAGGACAUCUGGAAUCUUUGGAAAUGGGAAAGAUUCUGGUGGAAGGUGUUGGUGAAGUCCAAGAAUACAUUGAUAUAUGUGACUAUGCUGUAGGCCUUUCCCGUAUCAUUGGUGGACCCAUAUUGCCAUCAGAAAGACCCGGGCAUGCGCUGAUAGAACAGUGGAAUCCUGUAGGACUGGUGGGAAUUAUCACCGCCUUCAAUUUUCCAGUUGCUGUGUAUGGUUGGAACAAUGCUCUUGCUCUCAUCUGUGGCGAUGUCUGUCUAUGGAAGGGUGCUCCCACCACAUCUCUGACCAGUGUGGCAGUGACCAAAAUUGUUGCUCAGGUGCUAGAAGACAAUAACUUGCCAGGUGCAAUCUGCUCCUUAACCUGCGGUGGCGCUGACAUUGGAAAUGCCAUUGCCAAAGAUGAGCGUGUUGACCUAGUGUCUUUCACCGGCAGUACAAAUGUGGGAAAACAAGUAGCUCUGAAGGUUCAAGAAAGGUUUGGACGAAAGUUACUUGAACUUGGAGGAAACAAUGCCAUUGUUGUGUUUGAAGAUGCUGAUCUUAAUCUGGUUACCCCAUCUGUCCUGUUUGCUGCUGUGGGCACUGCGGGUCAAAGGUGCACCACGGCCAGGCGGCUGUUUUUACAAGAGAGCAUUCAUGAUGACAUUGUGGAAAAACUCUCCAAAGCUUAUGCUCAAGUACGCAUUGGAGACCCAUGUGAACCCGACACCCUAUGUGGACCUUUACACACAAAGCAAGCAGUGGAAAUGUUUCUGUCCGCCGUUGAACAAGCCAAAUGUGAAGGCGGCAGAGUUGUUUGUGGUGGUAAGGUCAUUGAUCGUCCAGGGAAUUUUGUGGAACCAACAAUCAUGACUGGCCUUGCUCACGAUUCCCCCAUUGUUCAUAAAGAAACAUUUGCUCCAAUACUUUACAUCAUCAAAUUUAAGACUGAGGAGGAAGCCUUUGCAUGGAAUAAUGAGGUGAAGCAGGGACUUUCAAGUAGCAUCUUUACCAAAGACCUGGGAAGAAUUUUCCGCUGGCUUGGUCCCAAAGGAUCUGACUGUGGUGUGGUGAACGUCAAUAUUCCAACUAGCGGAGCGGAGAUUGGCGGAGCCUUUGGUGGUGAAAAACACACUGGAGGCGGUAGAGAGUCUGGUAGCGAUUCCUGGAAACAUUAUAUGCGAAGAUCUACGUGCACAAUCAACUACAGCAAAGAUUUGCCGUUGGCGCAAGGAAUAAAGUUCCAGUAAACAUUCAGGAAAAAUUGUAAAAUGGAUGAGCCAUAACAUGGAGCUAAAGACUUCUCCAUAAAUUCAGUACUUUAUGGAUGACUGAAUUCACAAAUAAACCAGUCACAUAAGUUAAGAUAAGAAAAUUCAAAUCUUUAGGACCAGUGAACUCUGGACCACAAGGUGACAACUGUUACAUCAAAAAUAUCCCGCUGGAAGCCAUCUUCAUUAUUAGUGAUUAUUGCAGAUCAGCGGAUCAACUCUGGAGCGAAAUAUAAACCUUUCUGUUUUGUAGUCCCAGUUUGUACUUUGCAAAUGAACUUUUGGCAUAAAGCAUUUCUCUAGUGACUCACUGCA